UUUUAACCUGUCUAGACGCAAAGUAAUCGACGGUGUCGAUUCGACACGCGGGUUGACUUUACUAUUUUUUUAUCAUUAUAUUGUGACAUAGCUCGAGUGUCGACUCGAAUAAUUGUUGAUCCCACGCCUUGGUUGUGUGUGUAUCUUCUCGAUAUUACGUGAUCCCGUAGUAAACUCAAGUUUACUCGCGUCCCGAUCACCCGGCGUGUUGUGUGUGUUGUUUGUGUGUUGACACGUAGGUUAUGUGCGCGCGAGCCAGUGCGAUACGAUAAAACCUCGCAAGAUCUUUUUUCAACAAAAAAAAAAGAAGAAAGCAACGACGAUAAAAAAUCGAUCAUGGAUCCGGACUACUAUGACGAGUUUGGCAACUACAUCGGGCCCGAGCUGGCUUCGGACAGCGAGGACGAGAACGACUACGGCCAGGCCGACGACGACGUCGACGACCGCGACAGGUCCGACGAGGAGAUGGAGGAGGACCGCGAGGCCGACAAAGACGUGGCCGAGACCAACACCAUGGCUGUUGUCCUACACGAGGACAAAAAGUACUAUCCCAGCGCGCUCGAGGUCUACGGUGCCGAGGUUGAAACCUUGGUGCAAGAGGAGGAUGCUCAGCCUCUGGACAAGCCACUCAUAGCGCCAACAAGAAAAGCCAAGUUUCAAAUCAAAGCUCAAGAACUGCCUGAAACAACUUACAGUAUCGAUUACUUGGCCGAUCUCAUGGAUUGUCCAGAUUUGAUAAGGAACGUUGUUUUAUUAGGACAUUUACAUCAUGGUAAAACUACCCUGGUGGAUUGCCUUAUUCGUCAAACUCAUCCUCAUGUGCAUUCUGUGACUGAUGAAAAACCAUUGAGGUACACAGAUACUCUAUUCACUGAGCAGCAGCGUGGUGUAAGCACAAAAGCAGUACCAGUGACUCUUGUUCUACCCGAUGUAAAAUCAAAGUCUUACUUGAUGAAUAUUUUCGAUACUCCGGGACAUGUCAAUUUUUCAGAUGAAGCCACUGCUGCCAUUAGAUUAUCUGAUGGAGCCGUGCUGUUAGUCGAUGCUGCUGAAGGUGUCAUGUUGAACACUGAAAGAUUGCUAAAACACGCCAUUCAAGAAAAGCUUGCCAUUACAGUUUGCAUCAACAAAAUUGAUAGACUUAUCAUAGAAUUGAAAUUACCACCUCUAGAUGCAUAUUACAAAUUACGUCACAUUAUAGAAGAAGUCAACGCUCUGAUUGCCCGCUUCUCAGAUUCUGAAGAUGUUCAAUUUGUGUCUCCGGCUCUUGGCAAUGUAUGUUUUGCUAGCUCAGAAUACAAUGUGUGCUUUACAUUAAAAUCAUUUGCAGCAUUGUAUGCCAAAGAUUAUCCAGAAAUAAACAUUGAAGAAUUUUCAAAAAGACUUUGGGGUGACGUGUACUUUAAUAGUAAAACUAGAAAGUUUUUGAAGAAACAACCCCACAACACAGCGCAAAGAAGUUUCAUUGAAUUCAUUUUAGAACCUUUGUACAAAAUUUUUGCCCAAGUGGUUGGAGAUGUUGAUUCGACAUUGGCUGAUGUGCUCGAAGAGACUGGAAUACGUUUGACUUCAGAGGAAAUGAAGAUGAACAUUCGACCUCUGCUUAGACUUGUUUGUACAAAAUUUUUAGGUGACAUGUCUGGGUUAGUUGACAUGUGUGUAACUCACAUACCUAAUCCAAAAGCCAAUGCAAUGAACAAAAUAUCUCACAUUUACACUGGACCUACAGACUCGCCUUUGGCUCAAGAUAUGAUCGACUGUAAUCCUGAGGGUAGACUAAUGAUUCACAGCACCAAGAUGUAUCCAACCGACGAUUGUACUCUCUUCGUAGUGUUAGGCCGUGUGAUGUCGGGUACUUUGAACGCGGGUGAACGCGUCCGAGUUCUCGGAGAAGCCUACACUCGUCAAGACGAGGAGGACUCUCGCGUGCUCACCGCGGGCCGUUUGUGGGUGAGCGAGGCUCGCUACAACAUCGAGCUGAGCAUGGUGCCAGCCGGUAAUUGGGUACUCAUCGAGGGCAUCGACCGCUCGAUCGUGAAAACGAGCACCAUAACGGAUCUCACGGACGCCGACGACCUGUACAUCUUCAGGCCGUUGAAGUUCAAUACUCAGAGCAUCAUCAAGAUCGCCGUGGAGCCCGUCAACCCGUCGGAAUUGCCAAAAAUGUUGGACGGACUGAGAAAGGUCAACAAGAGCUAUCCUCUGCUGGGCACCAGGGUCGAGGAGAGCGGAGAGCACGUGGUUCUGGGUACCGGAGAGUUAUACUUGGAUUGCGCCAUGCACGAUUUGAGGAGAAUGUACUCGGAGAUCGACAUCAAAGUCGCCGAUCCGGUGGUGUCGUUCGCCGAGACCGUCGUUGAGACGAGCUCGUUGAAGUGUUUCGCCGAAACACCCAACAAAAAGAACAAGUUGACCAUGAUUGCCGAACCAUUGGAGAGAGGGUUGGCGGAAGACAUCGAAGCCGAGCAAGUUAAAAUCACAUGGAACAAGAAAAAACUGGGAGAGUUUUUCCAGCAAAAGUACGACUGGGAUCUCUUGGCCGCGCGCAGCAUAUGGGCAUUCGGCUCGGACGCGACCGGACCGAAUAUCCUGGUGGACGACACGCUGCCGUCCGAGGUCGAUAAAUCACUGCUGAAUAGCGCGCGCGAGGCCAUAGUUCAAGGCUUCCAGUGGGGCACGCGCGAGGGACCUUUGUGCGAGGAGCCCAUAAGGAAUGUGAAAUUCAAAAUUCUCGACGCCGUUAUUGCGCAGGAGCCCCUUCAUCGCGGAGGUGGUCAAAUAAUUCCCACGGCGCGUCGGGUGGCCUACUCGGCCUUCCUCAUGGCGACGCCGCGCCUCAUGGAGCCCUACCUGUUCGUGGAGGUGCAGGCGCCCGCCGACUGCGUGUCGGCCGUCUACACGGUGCUGGCGAAGCGCCGCGGCCACGUGACGCAGGACGCACCGGUGCCGGGCAGCCCCCUCUACACGAUCAAGGCCUUCAUACCGGCCAUCGACAGCUUCGGCUUCGAGACGGAUCUGCGCACGCACACCCAGGGCCAGGCCUUCUGCCUGUCGGUGUUCCAUCACUGGCAGAUCGUGCCGGGCGACCCACUGGACAAGAGCAUCACCAUCAGGCCGCUUGAGCCCCAGCCGGCGACUCAUCUCGCGCGCGAGUUCAUGCUGAAGACGCGGCGGAGGAAGGGCCUGUCCGAGGACGUGUCCAUCAACAAAUUCUUCGACGAUCCCAUGUUGCUGGAAUUGGCCCGGCAAGACGUCAUGAUCAACUAUCCGAUGUAAAUACAGCGCCUUAGAAAUUGAACGAAUUGAGCGAGAUCUUUUUUUUUUGUUUGUUUUGAUGAACUGACGAUGUAGUUUUGAACGACCGUCGUGCGAAUGGAGUAUGAAAAUGAAUUUUUAAAUAGGUCAAUUUCCAUGGUCAUAAGUUCUAGGACAAUAAGUUUGUGUACUAUAUAUAAAUAUAAAUUUAUAAACUUUA